AGAUCCCGUGAGCCUCUGCGGGAGGCUGAGGCGCACUACGAGUCCCGUGAGUCUCCGCGGCGGGGCGUACGUACUACCAGUCCCAGUGGUCUCCGCGGCGGGUGAGGCGUCGCGCCCAGCCGCGGGGAGGCGGAGUGGAGCUGAGAAAGCGUCGCAGGCCUGCGGCUGUUGGGCUGAGGCUCGCGUUCAGGGCGCCCUCUAGCGCGGCCUUUCCACUCAGCGGCCACUCGGAUUCCGUGAGAUUUGAUUCACUUCUGAGAAACAAAACAAAGACAAAGCGAAGUCAAAUGAAGUAAAGCAGCAAGUUAGCUUGAAUGGUCAGUGCCGCCAGCCCAAUGGACCCGGCCCUGAGGAGCAGCGAGUUUGUGAACACAAUGUGGGUACAGUGUGAGAAUGAAAGCUGCUUGAAGUGGAGGCUGCUGUCUCCUGCGGCUGCAGCCAGGGUGGACCUGGGCGAGCCCUGGUUCUGCUCCAUGAACGCUGACUCCAGCUACAACAGCUGCGCGGCUUCUGAGCAGGACUUCCCUGAAGAAUCACAGCUCCUCGAAAGCGGGUAUAAGAUCGUCUACUCACAGCUUCCUCUCGGAAGCCUGGUUCUGGUAAAACUGCAGAACUGGCCAAGUUGGCCAGGAAUCCUUUGUCCUGAUCCUUUCAAAGGAAACUAUGUAACCUAUGACCGGGAUGGAAAUGUUGAUAAGUAUUACAUAGAGUUUCUGGGCCACCCCCGCUCAACAGCAUGGAUAAGCGCAGCGUUCGUUGGACAUUUUAGCCUCACGUUAAAGACGGCAGAAUGUACGAAUAAGAAGAGGUGGUAUAGAAGUGCCCUUGAGGAAGCGUACCGACUCUACACGUGUUCACCAGAGCAAAGACUAGAAGUGUGCUGCCAACCAAAGCGGGACAGAACCAGAAGAGGCACAGAAGCUCCUGUGGUGGCCAAGGAAAGGAUUCAAGGUUCUAAAAAUAAUACCAAAAAGAAAAGGCCCAGGGUUAGAAAGAGGAAAAGGGAUGCUGCUUUAAAGUGCUCUGUUGACAUUUUUUGUUCCGAUGAAGCCCUGUCAAAGGAAAACAUGGUUGUCUCCGAGACAGAAGGUUUGCUGAGAGAACUGGAGAAAAUGCUGCAGCAAGUACAGGAGCCCACGGCAAGAGUGGACGGGCCAGGGUGCGAGCAGUUGUCUCAGUGCAGCCUGGAAGCUCCCACACGCAGUCCAUUUGAGAGUGGCCACGAAGAGGACUGUGUUGUGUCUGACUGGACAGGACUUAAAGCUGGGGAAUGUAUUGAGACUGUAACUAACGGUUUAAAAAUGAUAGAAGCCCUAAUAUCUGAAUUUUAGGGUGGUACCCAAAAGUUAAUUAUAUUAACAGUCUUUAUAUUUUCUUUUCAAAUAUCUUAAAAUGUUUAAUGAAUUAGGGAUAAAAAUUGGUAUUUGUUAUAAUUUUACUUUGUGAAUGUCCAUGACUGUGGGAGUGUAUCAAAUGGCAUUAAGUUAUAAUUAGGAUUAAAAAAUCUUUAUGUUUGUAUUUGUAAACUUUUUGUUUGCUUUUAUUUUACAGUUGUUUAUGAAACUUAAUCAUAAACAAGUGCUAUACAUGAGUGUUUCACCCUUCUUUAAAUAUGACUAUUAGAAUGGCUACCUGUUCUGUUAACAAGUUUCAGUGAGAACUCAAACGUAACACAUGUACAAAGUGUUUUUGUAGUUCAAUGGAACUUUUAAGCUAUAAGGAAAUAUUAAAGAUAUAGUCAUAUAAUAAAGUUUGAGAAUUCUCAAAAGACAAAAA